AUGCACCCUCAGCCUACCCAAAUCACCACUCCCUCUGGGGCUGGUCCAGGGACCAACGGCAUGGUCAGUCCGUUCCACUUGGAGCCCCGUACCCCUUACGCAUACGGCUAUCCCCAAGGUGCCAACAUGCCGGGUUAUGGGAAUCCUGGCCCAAUGCCCCAGGUCAUGCCCGGUAUGGGCUUUCAGAGUCACCGUGUCAAAUUUGGUGGCAAAGUUCGAGCACCUGUUCCAAUGAACAUAAACCCCAACAUGAACGCCAAUAUGAAUCCCAAUAUGAACGCCAAUAUGAACGCUAACAUGAGCCCCAACAUGAACUGGCCGAAUGUCAACGGCGCUGUGUACAGAACCUCGUGCAUGGGUUAUCCGAACACGCCCUACUACAAUGGCAUGCCACAGAUGUCAUCAUUCACUCCCAGCUCUGUUUCGACCCCGGCGAGCAUGUACCCGGGAAUCACUCCAAUGGUGCGGGGAAAUUACCCAUGGCAAUACAUGAUGAACUGUGGCGUUCCCGGUAUCUCCCUCAACCAAGUCACAUGGACUACCCCCGAUGAGCAACAGGAGCCCAACUGCGAAAACAGCCCUCCGAUGGGCUGCCUCCGAGUGCAAGUGAUGAAAACUGCAACCGGAUAUGUUGCACAGGACAUGGAGGCUCUCACCCAACAAGAGCCCGCGAUCCCACGUGCAGUUCCAGCCAUGUGGACCAACCCGUCCGACAUGAGUCUCGCCAAAUGCCUUGAGAACCGUGAGGGGAUCACCAACGUCUAUAUCCGAGGCUUCCUUCCGGAGACGACUGAUGAGAUGCUGCAUGCAUAUGCUGCCCGCUUCGGCGAAAUUGAACGGUGCAAGGCCAUCGUUGACCUCGAGACGGGUCUUUGCAAGGGCUUCGGAUUCGUCCAAUAUCGCUUUUACUCGUCCUGUGAGAAUUGCAUCCGUGGAUUUUACUAUCUUGGCUACCAAGCUAGUUUCGCCCAGAAGUCUCGCAACUCUCGUCUCAAGGAGUUGGAGGACCGGUCAUCAACCAACGUCUAUUGCACAAAUGUCCCGAUUGACUGGAGCGAGGCGGAUCUUCGUCGUCACUUUGAGCCCUACCGUGUCGUAUCGGAGAAGAUCAGUCGUGACGAGGAGACCGGCGUCAGCAAGGAAGUGGGCUUUGCUCGCUUCGAGACCCGCGAGAUUGCCGAGACUGUCUUGGCCGAGUUCCACAAUGUCACCGGGAAGAAUGACAAUGUGAAGUUGUUGUUGCGCUUUGCGGACACCAAGGCCCAGAAGCUGCUGAAGCAGCAGAGCAAUGAGCGUCGCGCUUAUCGGACCGGAGAGUACAAUUACUCGGUUGAAGUUGUUCAGGGGUCGACUCCAUCGCCCACCGUUCGACGCCCUCGACACGCAAGUGCCCACAUCACGCCCGACUCUCAGCAAAGCUUCAAAAUUUCUCCGGGCGAGAUCAGUUCUGACUGGACCCCUGCAACUUCAAUCUCACCCACCUACGCUUUGAAGAACAAGCCUGGAAACGGGGUGCCACUGUCCGCCUUGCAGAACACCAUGAUGUAUCGAGAGGGUUUCUUACAUCGGCGUUCCAUGACUGAAAUCUCUGGCUCAUCCGAAACAUCGCGACCCGGCUCUCCCAAUCUCGAGCCUCGUUCGUACAUGUCAAGCCCCCGAAAGGAGAAUUUCAAGGCUGGCUCGAUGUCCCCCAUUCCAUCUCGAAUGGCACUUACCGUUCCCACCCCCCGAUCUUGCGCUUGA